CAAUAUAUACAUCACACAAGUUCACCAAUUAAAAAGCAAUGGCUCUCUCUAUCGCCAAGAUUUCAGUUUUCAUUGUCCUAAUCCUAACAUUAUGGGCAUAUCAAACCACGUCCCGUCUAGUCCCCGAACGAUUGGCCAUGUUGGAGAGACACGAGGAGUGGAUGGAGCGAUAUGGGCGCGUUUACAAGAACGAGGAGGAGAAAAUGAUGCGUUACAAGAUCUUUAAGGAUAAUGUGGAGUUCAUCGAGGCAUUUAAUGCGGCCGGGACUCGGCCGUACAAGCUGGGGAUUAAUGCAUUUGCCGAUCAAACUAAUGAGGAGUUUAAGGCUGCCCGGAAUGGACUUUUUAAGGUGCAAAAGCUGUCUAAAGCUACACCAUUUAAGUAUGAGAAUGUGAGUGCUUUGCCAUCUAGCAUGGACUGGAGGAAGAAAGGGGCUGUCACUCCUGUUAAAGAUCAAGGCCAAUGUGGAAGCUGCUGGGCGUUCUCAGCAAUAGCAGCAACAGAAGGGAUCAACCAAAUAUCAACAGGCAAACUGAUCUCACUCUCGGAGCAAGAAAUAGUAGACUGUGACAAAACCAGCCAGGACCAAGGGUGUGAGGGUGGAUACAUGGAGGACGCCUUUGAGUUCAUCAUAGACAACAAAGGCAUUGCCUCCGAAUCCACAUACCCCUACAGUGCCACAGAUGGAACCUGCAACAAGAAAGAAGAAUCACCGAUCGCAGCCAAGAUUACGAGCUAUGAAAAAGUGCCGGAAAACAAUGAGAAAGCAUUGCUUAAGGCCGUGGCAAAGCAGCCGGUGUCGGUUUCCAUUGAUGCAGGGGGAAUGGAGUUCCAAUUUUACUCAAGUGGGGUGUUCACAGGGGACUGUGGGACUGAUCUUGAUCACGGGGUGACGGCAGUCGGGUAUGGUAAAACUAGUGAUGGUACUAAGUAUUGGUUGGUGAAGAAUUCUUGGGGCACAAGUUGGGGAGAGGAGGGGUAUAUAAUGAUGGAAAGGGAUGUUGCAGCUAAAGAAGGGCUUUGUGGGAUUGCCAUGGAUUCUUCCUACCCUAUAGCUUGACUGCGGCCAAGAAAUUAUGUGUAUAUACAACAUCAACUUGAUAUAUAGUACUAGUGGAUUUAGACAUUCCACUGUCUUGUAUGUAACUAUGUGUAUAGCUAUAAUAUGUGUACUAUGUGUUUUACCCUGAAUUUCAAGAAAACAGUACAUGCAAUAUUCAGAUAA